CGUUCGUAUUGCUAAACGUUUACCGCUACAGAAUAUCCUUUAUAAUCUUAUAGUUUUCUUAUAGUUCAAUGGGUUUAACACGCCUUGACUACAUGAUAAGGUACAUGAGUCAGUGAUACUAGUGACUAUAUUUUGUGCUAGUGAUAUUACAUUAUCAUAUCACUGUAAUUUGGAUUAUCUGAUUUCUUUUACUGUUUUUUAUUUAUAUUAAUAUAUUAUCGUAGAGUAGACAUUUUCAUAAUUAAACAAUUACAACUUCAACAUUCCAUAUUAUUAUUUGUAUGUUAUUAUAAUUACUUUCUAAUUUGCUAUUAUAAUUAGGUAAGAACAUUAUUUUGAAAGAAGUAAGUACAUAUUUAAAAAAUAUAAUGAGUAAUAAAAAGUCAAUACCACAAUAUCCAAUAGUACCGAUAGAAGAAGAGAUUGAAGAAGAUUUAAAAGUUAUGGAUGAAGCUGUAGCCCCACUAUUAACUGGUGAGUUUUUGAUUAAACAUUGCAAUUGUAUCUACCUAUUUAAAAUAUAAUAAUAGUGUUUGACUUGUGUAUUAAAUUUAUUUAGAUGAUGCUAAGGUUUUAUUGGAAUCAAUUGGGGCCGAAGUAGAUAAAAAUGAUAUUCAAGAAACUGCUGAAAAGCUCAUGGAUAAUGUUGAUGAAUUAGAACAAACUAUUUCGACAUUGGGUAAAAAGUAUGAUGAACUGAUGAAUUGUGAAAAAGCAUUGGUACAAAUUGAAGAAGAAAUUGAUAAACAAAUUAAAGAAAUGAACAAGUAAGAAUAAACUAUAUUAGACAAAAUCUAAUGCAAAUAAUUUUAAGUUGAUAUAAUUGAACAAAAUUAUUUCAUUAUCUUACUUAUUUCAUUAUAGUUUAUAUCAAAAAAUGAAAAAAGAUGUGAUACUGCUGAUAGGUAUCCCACUGUUAAAGUUGAAAAAGUAGUAUGUUUAUAGUAAUUUAUGUGUUUUAAUAAAUUUGUAUUUAAAACGCCUACAAUAAAACAUUUUAAGAUUUCUGGCAAAUUAAAGCCACUUCCACACUAGUUAAAAUUUACAUUGUACAUCGUAUUCAGUGUAAAUUUGUUCGUGUAGCACUAAAUAUGUGCGUGUGUGGACGUGUUUGCCGCAUAAAAACGCACACAAAUAUUUUCGGCGCAUUUCACACACAUGAUCUGUGGACCAUGAAGUUUUUGCGCCGCAACAUAAAUUUGUGUCGCAACUUCAUUCUAGUGUGAAGUUGCCGCACGAACAAAUUUGUGCCGAUUACAACGCACAACGUAAAUUAUUACUAGUGUGGACGCGGCUUUAGAUAGAAUAAAAUGUUUAGAAUGUUUACAAAUAAUGUACAAUAGCUAAAACAAAUGUAAAGAAAAAAUAAUUUCAAAUAGCUAAUAUUGUAUUUUUACACAAGACCAACAUAUUUUAGAUUUUAUUUUAUUGAAAAAUCCAGUUCUUUGUUCUAAGAUUAUUUUUUAUUUAAUUACACUUAAAAACAAAAUACAUUUUGACAAAAACUGGGGUGUAUUUAUUCCUAUUUUCAUGAUUUGUUCAAUUCUUUCACAUUGUUAGGAAAAUUAAUUUUAAAUGGCCUGUCUCAUGCAUUAACCAGAUCCAAAGUAUAAAAAAUCCUUUGGUGUAAAGUAUUUAGUUACAGCAAGUAUUAUGGUUGAAAAAUGAUAUAAAAAUCCAGAAAAACAAUGUUAUUCAUAUUAAAUUAUUCAGAUUAAUGUAAUUACUCUGUUCAUAAUAGUUUUAAUUUAAAUAUAUAAUGUAAAUUUUGUUUCAGUUGUGUAUCAGAAAUUCAGUCAAAUCCUACUCCUGCAGUCAAGUAAACAUAUGGAUAAAUAUAAUCCAUGGGCAAUAUAUUUAUUGUAUUGAAUAGAUCAAUUAUUAUUUAUUUGUUAAAUAUAUUAUUAAAAUUAUAUAAUUAAUACAAAUGGGAUCUUGUUAAUAAAACAAAUUAUAUUUUUAUCAUAAAACAUGUAAUAAAAAUUAUUUAAGUAAAAAUGCCAAUAAAUAAAUCAUGUUCUGUUCGUAUAUUUGUAUAAAUCACAUGGACAUGCCGCUUUUUCUCACAGCAGCACUCAAUAAAGGAUUGGGAUCUGGUUCUUCUGUGAUUACUUCCACUUUAACCCAUUCUUUAUUGGCACUGGAUGCUCGUAUAGCAUCAAUCACUGCUUGGACAUAUAAGCUAUCUUCAAAAGUAGCUGCAGAUGAAACAGGUUCUUUUACCCAACCUCUUUUAUCUUCAACUGGUAAAAAUGCCUCACGUAAAGCACUGAUCAUUUUUAAUAGACCUUUCAUACAAGGCCUAGGCAUAAUAUCUGCAGAAACCACAUUUAUAGCAUCUGAUUUUUGCAUAUCUUCUACAUCUAAAUAGAGUACUUCAUCUUUAUCCUUGUACAAGUCUCCACCUUUGACAAUUAGAUUACCUUCAGUGCCACACAUAAGUACUUCUUGGACAUAAGUACCUGCUAAGUGAUUAUUUAAUGUAACUGUAACUAAAGACUUGUCAGCCAUUUCCAUUUGAAAAGUACAAAAGUCUGGACUUGUCACAUGUCUUACACCAGUCAAACACUUAAAAUCUUUAUUGAAUGUUUUUACAAUACCAUGUACACGGAUAGCCUUUUGGUCAGUUAAAUAUGUAAUCAAGUCUAUAACAUGACUGCCCACUAAAGUUAAAACACCACCACCCAUUGUUUUAUCACAUAACCAGUUAUAACCAUCUCCGUAUAAACGGCCCAUUUGUACUUUUACAUCACAUAAAAAUACAUUUCCAAUUCUAUUUUCAUUAAUUUGUUUUUUCAUUUGUACAAAAGCAGGUAAAAAUCUUAAGCUAUGAUUAACAACUGAUAUAAGUGAAGGGUAAUAUUGAGCAGCAUGUACCAUUUUGAUGGCUUCACUCUGACACAAACCUGCUGGUUUAUCGCAUAGAACAUGUUUUCCAAUACCUAAUGCUUUGACUGCAAUUUGGGCAUGAAGAUUAGGCGAGCAAACAAUGAAAAUGAGAUCAACAUCUUUCCUUAAGAGUACAUUAUCAAUUUUGUUAGUCCAAUAGGGUAUUUGAAGACGUUUAGCAGAUUCUUCAGCUUCAUUCAUAGUACGACCCCAUAGCGCUUCAACUUUGAAACCUUUAUCACGCAAAAAAGGUAUGAUAAUUUCAAUAACUUUACCUGUUAAUAAAUUAAUCAUGUUAGUUUAUAUAACUUUAAACUUUUAAAUAAAAUUAU